AUGUCAGUCCAAACGCUGAUGCUAGCUGCUCUCCUUUCACUGUCGAUAUUGGCGACAGCUGCGGACCCGUUGACGACACCUGCGGACCCGUUGGCGACACCUGCGGACCCGUUGGCGAUACCUGCGAACUCGUUGGCGACACCUGCGGACCCGUUGGCGACAGCUGCGGACCCGUUGGGGACAGCUGCGGACCCGUUAGCGACAGCUGCGGCCGCGGCAAAAACGGCGGGAAUCAUAGGGGAGCUGAAGGCGCUGCGGCAGAAAUUGAUGCUAAAUCCCCGUUUGAGAUACCUCGUCAUGAGUCAAGUUCUUUCUCAGCUGAUUACUCAAGGAAAAGCCCUCCCCACCGCCAUGGACUUGACCCUUUUCAUUCACACCACCAUCUUAAUACCCACCGACGCCGCGCUUCUGUCGAGUGGCCUCCUCCCGAAUCUUAAAAACCCGGGAGCCUCGCUCAAUCUCUUUAAGAGCCUCUCCUUCAACAUCAUCAAGGGCAAGAAGCGGUUCGCCAAGCUGAAGGCUUUACCUGAAGGGAAGUCGGUUGCGCUUCUGCUGAACAAUGGAAAGUUGUUUCGGCACACACUCUGUGCACCCCGCAAUCUAUUAUCCUUUGCCUCACCUGCUUCCCCCCUCCCUCCUCCCUGCUUCCCCCCUCACUCCUCCCUGCUUCCCCCCUCCCUCCUCCCUGCUUCCCCCCUCCCUCCGCCCUGCUUCCCCCCUCCCUUCUCCUUGCUUCCCCCCUCCCUCCUCCCUGCUUCCCCCCUCCUUCCUCCCUGCUUCCCCCAUCCCUCCUCCCUGCCUCCUCCCUCCCACCGCCCUGCUUCCCCCCUCCCUAUGCCCUGCUUCCCCCUCCCUAUUCCCUGUUUCACCCCUCCCUCCGCCCUGCUCCCCCCCUCCCUUCGCCCUGUUUCCCCCCUCCCUAUGCCCUGCUUCCCCCUCCCUUCGCCCUGUUUCCCCCCUCCCUCCGCCCUGCUCCCCCCCUCCCUUCGCCCUGUUUCCCCCCUCCCUCCGCCCUGUUUCCCCCCUCCCUCCGCCCUGCUCCCCCCCUCCAUUCGCCCUGCUUCCCCCCUCCCUCUGCCCUGCUUCCCCCCACCUCCGCCCUGCAUACCCCCAGCCUCAUAG